AUGGCUGCUGAAGUUGAGAAGGACGAAUGCCAAAGUUGGCUUGCCAAGCAAGAUUUGGACAAGAUCGGCGUAGAUAAUUUGAAUCCACUUACUGAUGAGGUUAUCUCCCGUCAAGCAACCAUCAACAUCGGAACUAUUGGGCACGUAGCCCAUGGAAAAUCUACAUUGGUUAAAGCUUUCUCUGGUGUGCACACUGUCAAGUUCAAGAGAGAGUUGGAACGUAACAUCACUAUCAAGCUCGGAUACGCCAACGCAAAAAUCUACAGAUGCUCCAACGCCGAAUGCCCAAGACCUGGCUGCUACAGAUCUGCUGGUUCAUCUACCCCAGAUCGGAUCCCCUGUGAGCGACCAAACUGCGGGGGAGAGUUCGUCUGCGUUCGUCAUGUAUCCUUCGUCGACUGCCCUGGUCACGACAUUCUUAUGGCCACCAUGUUGAACGGAGCCGCUGUCAUGGACGCUGCAUUCCUACUUGUCGCCGGUAACGAGCAGUGCCCUCAGCCACAAACUUCAGAGCAUCUCGCUGCUGUGGAGAUUAUGCAACUGAAACAUCUCAUGAUUCUUCAAAACAAGGUCGACAUAAUCAAGGAAUCACAGGCUCGUGAGAACUACGAACAAAUUGCUGGAUUUGUUCAAGGAACUGUCGCGGAGAACGCUCCUGUUAUUCCAAUUUCUGCUCAGCUCAAGUAUAACGUCGAUCUUGUCUGUGAAUACCUCUGCAAGAAAAUCCCAGUACCUGUUCGUGACUUCAAAUCCCCUGCUCGUUUGAUCAUUAUCCGAUCCUUCGACGUCAACAAGCCAGGAUCUGAAGUUGAAAAUCUGAAGGGAGGUGUUGCCGGAGGAACGUUAACCAAGGGUAUCCUUCGAGUUGGACAAGAAAUUGAAGUUCGUCCAGGAAUCGUUUCAAAAACAGCAACUGGGCAACUCCAGUGCCGACCAAUCUUCUCUCGCAUCGAUUCACUUUUCGCCGAGAAAAAUCAGCUCGAGUACGCCGUUCCAGGAGGACUUAUCGGAGUCGGAACAAAAAUCGAUCCAACACUUUGCCGUGGAGAUCGUCUUGUAGGACACAUUUUAGGAGCCGUUGGAACUCUUCCAGACAUUUUCAUUGAGAUCGAAAUUUCAUUCUACCUUCUGAGAAGAUUGCUUGGAGUUCGUACCGAAGGAAAGAAGAAAGGAGCCAAGGUUCAAAAAUUAGUGAAAGAAGAGACCUUGCUUGUUAACAUUGGAUCUCUAUCGACCGGAGGCAGAGUUACCGCUGUGAAGGGAGAUGCUGCAAAGAUCAGAUUAAAUGACCCGAUUUGUACAGAGGUUGGCGAGAAGAUCGCAAUGUCCCGUCGUUUCGAGAAGAGUUGGCGUUUGAUUGGAUGGGGAACUAUUCGCAAAGGACAAACCGUUGAGCCGAUUAAAAAUUAG